AUGUACUCCCCGGACCACCGCAAGGACUGGGAGUCCGUCGAGGACCCAAAGGAGCACCGCGUCUGCGGGUGGUGCUGCGCCUGGACCUCCCUCCUCAUCGGCUGCGUGGUCUUCGCCCUGGUCGUCGCCACCGCCCUCUUCGCCUCCUUCCUCCAGGGCUCCAUGCCGGAGUUCCGCAUCAAGCAGAUGAACAUCUCCCACUUCCAGCUCGUCACCCGCGGAGACCAAACGCUGCUCAACUCCAAGCUCGACCUUAUUCUCAACGCCACCAACAACAACAACAAGUACGACUUCUCCUACGGCACCCUCAGCGUUAGAGUCUCCACCACCGGGGUGGAUCUCGGGAGGGCGAAGAUCGCGCCUUUCAAGCAGCCGCGACGGCAUGCGUCGGUGCUGAACAUGACGACGACGGUGCAGAAGGCGGACAUAAACGAGGAGGACGGGGAGGACUUCAAGUCGGAUUACAAGACGAGGCAAGUGGUGAUAAGCGUGUGGUUGACGGGACACAUUGGGAUCGAUUACAAUACGAUGAAGUUCAGCAAAUUGCCGCUGAAUGUGUACUGCAACAGCAUUAACCAGAUGGCCAUUGACAGCGGCAUCCAGCCCAAGUGCCGCGUCAAGAUGUUCGCGUUCUUAUGA